GCUGUAAGGGUGACUUGGCUUCCCGGAGGAACCGAAGACGCGCAGCCUGUUUACAGUCGCGUAAAAGGUCCAUUCACGCAUAGUCUGUUUUUCUACAAUAAGAAGAAUCUAAAGGGUGCGGGUUGCGUUUUUUCACAGAGGACAUCAUGGACUUAACGAUUCGACGGAUCUUGUGAAGUUAAAGUAGAAACCUGUUGCCUUUUCGGAGUGGGGUUUUCAUUUCAGGUUUGCUGGUGGAUGUGAUGCUGGACUCUUGUUUGCGCUCUGGCUAGUUGGAGCGAAGUUUGAAGUUGUGGGACGCUUAUUUUAGAGGAAGCAUGCAUGUGUCUCUGGCUGAGGCGCUGGAGGUGCGAGGAGGGCCGCUUCAGGAGGAGGAGGUCUGGGCCGUCCUGAACCAGAGCGCAGAGAGCCUGCACGAGCUACUCCGCCGAGGUUCAGCGGAUCCGACAGCGUUGGGUUUUAUCAUCUCUCCGUGGUCGCUGCUUCUCAUGCCUUCCGGAAACAUCUCUUUCACUGAUGAGAAUGUCACACAGAAAGACCUGCGCGCUUUCACUCCUCCAGAGGUGCUGGACGGCCUCAACCUAUCCUCGCUUUCUGACAUGGAAAAGAUGCACAUGUAUUCGCUUGGCAUGACAUUGUUUUGGGGUGCAGACUACGAGAUUCCACAGAGCCAGCCAAUGGAACUAGGAGAACACCUGAACAGUGUUCUGCUCAACAUGUGUGAUGAUUCCACACUCACUCGACUGUCCGUUCGCUCGGUUCUGGACACCUGCAGCGCUCACAUCCGAACCUCCAACUGUGACCCUUCCUUUUCAUACGUCAGGAGGCUUGUGAGGCUCGUUCUUGGAAGUCUUUCUCAGCUGGAUGGGCUGCUUUCCCAGACAGAAAGGGAGUCAAUUCCAGAAAGAAGCAAAGAAAUCCGCGAGAGACUUCGAGGAAAAGGGCUUCCUUCAGGCCGUAGUGCUGCACAUCGUGUGCUGGAGCGUUACAGAGCCCGAACACAAGAGCAGGCCAACCUGAACCGUGGACUCAGCCGCUCCAUGGGCUCUCUCCCUAUGCAGGACCUAAUCCACGCCAACGAAGGUCUCACUCCAUACCCGCCUCCAGAUUAUCCCACAGCAUCUGAGUUACCUGUCGAACUCUACCACCAACGUCAGCAACAACAACUGCAACAACAGCGUGGUCGACCCAUAGAAGUGAACCAGCGCCUGCAUCCACACCAGAGGAACAAGAGCUGGGCUUCUUCUGCAGAUCUGGCCUGUCUGGACCCAGAUAUGCUUCGCUUCGGGGCUCUUGAAGACGCCCGCAGGGGUAGCAGUGCCCUGAGCACCCGUUCAGCUGGCAGACACAAGCCCUCUUCUAAAGCCAGAGACUCCCGUUACUCCGAAUUUGGAAGUCUGGAUGUCAGAAAGACGCACCAUCAUUCCAAUCAAUCCGUCGGCUCGGCCUUCAAUAGUGCUUACGAUCGCAUCAGAGAGAAACAGAAGAAACUGCAAGCGCUCAAACAGGCCAUUGAUGAUCCUCAUACUCACAGAAGAUACAACAGUGACUACAGCUCGUCCAGUGAAAGCCCUUCGGUGACAUCAUCAGACCCCGACUACAGACAAGCCAAGAAGUCUGAAGAUUUGAGGCGUUUUAGCUCUCAGGUGGGCCUGUCGGAUCAUGAUGGUGUUUCACUCAGCGGUUCACAGAGACACAGACUCUUUGAAGGAGGUCAGGAUGAGCUGUCGGGCACAGAACUUCUGAUCCAGCGCCAGGAAGAGUUGCACAGGCUCCAGGCCCGGAUGUCCAGAGCCUCCGUCUAUCCCGGCGAAGACCUGGCAGAACCCCUUCACAGCAGUCCCGUGGAAGCAGGCCUUCAUCCACGCAAAUCUAAAAAUUUGUUUGGCCCUGAGUUUGUGAGGAUGAGCAGCGAGCCAACUGUGGUAUUAACCGUGCCUUCAUCAAUAAUGAACAAGCGUGGGAAGGUGGAGGAGAGUCAGAGGAAGGUUGGGGUGGUCUUACUGAAUGGUCAGAAGCUGGAGCUGUGCUGUGAUGUGAAGGCGGUCUGCAAGGAUGUCUUGGACAUGGUCGUAGCUCAUAUUGGAUUAGUGGAACACCAUCUCUUCAGCCUCGCCUAUCUUAAAGAUGACGAGUUCUACUUUGUUGAAUCUGAUGCCAAACUUUCAAAAGUAGCACCUGACGGUUGGAAGGACGACCCUAAGAAAAAGAAAACGGAUGUCAUUUUUAAUCUCUUUCUGCGGAUCAAGUUCUUUCAGGACGACGUCAGUUUGAUACAACACACGAUGACCAAACACCAGUACUACUUGCAGCUGCGGAAGGAUAUUCUAGAGGAGCGGGUUCGCUGUGACCUUGAAAAUGCCAUGAUUUUGGCAUCUUUGGCUCUGCAGGCCGAGUUUGGGGACUAUCAGACUGAGCUUCAUGGAAAGACAUAUUUCCGGACAGAACACUACCUCCCUGCUCCAGUUCUAGACAAGAUCGAUCAGACCACCAUUAAAGAAGAGCUACCCAAACUCCACAGCUCAUACUACAACGCUUCAGAGCAGGAGGCCGAGCUGGAGUUCCUCAAGGUGUGCCAGAGACUGCCUGAAUAUGGAGUGCAUUUCCACCGUGUGCUUCCAGAAAAGAGAUCUCUGACUGGCAUCAUGCUGGGCAUUUACUCAAAGGGUGUCCUCAUCUUCGAGGUGUUAAAUGGAAAUCGAACCCCUGUGCUAAGGUUCCCCUGGAGGGAUACUAAGAAGAUCUCUUUCACGAAAAAGAAGAUUUGCUUGCAGAACACUUCAGACGGGAUCAAACAUCUGUUUCAGACGGACAGUCAGAAGACCUGCCAGUAUCUACUGCAGCUGUGCUCGGCUCAGUACAAGUUCCACCUGCACAUGAAAGCCAGACAGAACAACCAGGAACUGCAGGAGCUGGAGAACUCUCCGCUGAGCAGUCUGCAGUACUCUGAUGGGAUGGGUGCAGUUAGUCUGUCCCCCAGCUCUGAGCCUGAACUCUACAAGAGGAUGUCCUACUCAGAGAUGUCCCUCAGUAAGAGCUCAUCCAGUCGGGUCUCUGUCCCAUCUGAACCGCCCUAUCCAGGGUUCAGCAGCAGCUCCAACCCCAGGAUGAAGAGCCGUUCCCAUCAUAACCUGGGCCAGCUGCCAGAGUCGCCAGAGCACAGGAUGGUGCCAUUCAGUAGCCAAUCACAGAGCAGCAUGGCCCGAUCACAAGUGCUCGCGUCAUCACAUCAGCGUGCAAAUUCAGACACGGGAUCCAUCGCUGUGGCCAGACAACAAGAAAGUUUGUCGGUGGAUGACAGCCCUCGCUGGAGCCCUAAAAGCCUAAAGAAAGAGUCAGACUCUUCAUCCUGCGAGGACACGGGACAGGCAUAUGUCGUAGGCGUGAGCAUGCACAGCUCUGGAGUUCCCUCCACUCCUGCCUCCUCCAUAGGAAUCACUGAUUCCCUGAAGAAAAAAGUGCAAGCUUUACCCUCCCCAGAGCGAGAGAUACAGACUGUAAAUCUGAAGAAAGACGUAAAGUACGGCCUGGGUUUUCAGGUUGUUGGAGGAGAGAGUUCAGGCCGUCAGGACCUCGGCACCUUCAUCAGCUCAAUCACACCUGGCGGACCAGCAGACCUCAACGGCUUGCUGAAACCAGGUGACAGACUGUUAAGCGUGAAUGAUGUCAGUCUGGAAAGCCUCUCUCACACUACUGUGGUGGAGAUGCUGCAAAGCGCCCCUGAUGAUGUCUCACUGGUGGUCUCUCAGCCAAAGGAGAGACUGUUUCCAGACUCUCCUUCUGGAGCCCAUCACUAUAAUCCAGCCACACAAAUCCAAGAAUUAGACAUGGACUCAUCCUCUGAAGAUCAUACCCGCUCCCCGAGCCCUCCUUUUACAGCCAGCAAAACUUCGCCACCUCAGUCCAUUCGGCAGGGCAGCAUCAGCUCACAGGACUCCAAGACGGAAAGCGCCGGCCUCCAGCAAACACACCUCAAUGGAUUCCACAAAAACAUUCCCAUGGAGGGUCCCGUAGCAGCACAAGCUCUCCCUGCAGACAUCAAACCUUCUAUUGAAGCCAUGCCACCAGCUUUGCCUCCUAAAACCAGAAAAGCUAAAGCCGCCGACGUCCCGAAAGAACUGGAAUACUCUGACCGAGGGGAUUCAGACAUGGAUGAAGACACGUACUCGAAUAGCCAAGACAAAUUAAAGACUAAAAAGGGGGUUUCUCCCAUCACCAUCACGGAGACUUUAAGUGCUAGUAGCCCAGACGUCAAUAGCCUCCACCCUGGAGAUCUAUUUGACAUUGAGCUGUCUAAAAUAGACAGCAGUCUGGGCAUUAGUGUCACGGUACUGUUUGGAAAGGGUGGAUCAAACACAUCGUUGAAGCAUGGAGGGAUUUACGUUAAAGGAGUCAUUCCUAAAGGAGCUGCUGAGCAGGAUGGGAGGAUAAAGAAAGGGGAUCGUGUGGUAGCUGUGAACGGGAAGAGCCUUGAAGGAGCGACUCACAAACAGGCAGUAGAGAUGCUGCGAGACACCGGCCAGGUGGUGCAUCUGUUGAUGGAGAGAGGUCAGCCACCAAAAGACAGCAUUCAUGCUCCUCUCACUCCUCAAGGCACUUCAGAACCUCAGAACAAAACAGUGGAGGAGCCGUCAGCACCAGAAAAAGAGUACAACUUCAUUACUGCAGAUAACACGUUUGAUGUGGCUUUACUGAAGAACACGUCCGGCCUGGGCUUCAGCUUCAGCCGCGAGGAAAUCAUUCCCGGAGAGCCUCUGGGCUCCAGUAUGGUCCGUGUCAAGAAGCUCUUUCCAGGCCAACCAGCAGCUGAAAGCGGACGCAUCAAAGUAGGCGACGUCAUUCUGAGGGUCAACCAGACGCCACUCAAGGGCCUGUCCCAACAUGAGGUGAUUUCGGCUCUGCGGGGAACAGGACAGGAGGUCACCCUUCACUUGUGUAGACCUGAACAGGGCAUUUUACCUGAGAUGGACACUGCUAUUACUACACCCGUCCCAUCUCCACGAAAGCAGGCCCAUCUGCAGCCCCAGGCCUCCCCCAGGACGAGCUCCUCUCCUCAGGAGUCUCAGCGGUUGCUGGGUCCUGUGGAGGAGGCUCUGGAGCGUCUGCUGCUCAAAUCUCCCAGCCGCAGGGACAGUUACAGCGAUAGCACCGAUAAUGAUGAACUCGAGGAAGCUUUCAGAGCUGCAAACCUGGAGCGAGACAGCAGCGCCUACCAGACACCCGCAGAGAGAGUCUCUUAUGAGGACGAGAUGGACGACACUGUACAGUCAGCUUAUUAUUCAUCCAGACAGUCCAUGGCCAGAUCUGAAGACAGCAGGAGUGAUGUGAACAGCUCUAGCAUUCGCAUAUCUGCUUCUCCAGCUCUUCCUGAAGGGGAUCUCCUGAACCCCAGUCCAGACCCUCUUCCACCACCUUUGCCAAACCCAGUGAACCUCAGUCUGCCUGAACAUGAGGACCUCAUCCCUGAGGUGGAGCUGAAGGUGUCUCUGGUCAAGUCUGAUAAAGGAAGUUUAGGCUUCACCCUCACUAAAGGGACUGACGAGAACUGCUACAUCCAUGACAUUAUCCAGGACCCUGCUAAAGGAGAUGGUCGGCUGCGUCCAGGAGACCGCAUGAUCAUGGUGAACAACACAGAUGUUUCUGGCAUGAAUCACACAGAAGUGGUCAACCUGGUGCGAGCGGCUCCUAAAGUAGUGGAUCUGGUGGUGGGCCGCAUCCUAGAGCCUCCAAAACCACCAAUCGAGGCCCACCUCCUCCCUGACAUCACGUUUCAGUGUCACGACGAGUCUCUGGGUCUGGUUCUGGAUGGAGGAAGUGACAGUGCGUUGGGUGUGUUGUACGUGAAGGAAAUCUUCCCGGGAUCUGCAGCUUUUGAGGAAGGCAGUCUGAGACAUUUGGAUAUCAUACAUUACAUUAAUGGCGUCCCGACGCAGGAUCUGACACUGAGCGAGAGCCGCAGACUCCUGCAGCUUUCCUUGAGGAAUCUGAGUCUCAAAGCCACCAGGGAUGGGAAACCUGUUUUUCCGGAUGAGGAGGAGAUUUCUUUACUAAACAAUAACAUCAGUCCUAAAGUGUCACAGAGUAUGAACGGUUAUCUCCAUAGCAGCGAGAAUAAUGAAUUGGAGGCCCUCUCCGGUAUCUGUCCUGCUGAGGAGCAGAUCGUGAAGCUGGAGUUGGAGAAGCCGCCAGCGGGAGGCCUAGGCUUCUCUGUGAUUGGUGGAGAAAGGGGAAUUUUUGUGAAGUCCGUCACCCCUGGAGGGACCGCAGACAUUGCCGGCACGCUGCAAGUUGGAGAUCGCUUACUUAAGGUGAAUGAUGAUCUCAUGAUCGGUGUGUCGCAUGCUAAAGCCGUCACCACCAUCCGCAAAGCUAAAGGCUUGGUGCAGCUCAUUGUGUCCCGUCCACCAGACCAAAUGCCAAACACGUACCUGGGCUUCCUGCCUCUCAAAUCCAGCACUGUUAAUGGAAACAACGAUGUGAGUGAAGACAGUGGCGUGAAGACUAAACUUCAGACACCUUCAGAGCAAAGCCAGAGCAGCAGCCCCCCUCCCCUCCCUCCAAUAGAUUAUGACACAGGCUCUCUUGAGAAGAGGAAGGGAACAGACACGAGUGCUGAUCUGUCAGAGGACACAGACUGUGACGGUUCAUCUCUGCCUGAAGACUCUCCAGAGACGUCAAGAAAGGCUGAGUGGAAGGAAGAAAACGUUGAUGCUCCACUGAAUGACAGUGCUCCUCAGUCUUCGUCGGGUCCUCUAGAUGAAGAUGAGAUCACAUGGGGCAGUGAUGAUCUGCCCAUAGAGAACAUCAACUCCAAGUUCACUGAAGAUGGUCCAAUUGUCACUGAGGAGGAGCUGACAUCUCUGCCGCUGGUUAAAGUGGUUCCUGACGGUCACUACACGUCCACCAACCUCAACACGAUCGUCCGCAUGAUGAGAGGCUUGAUCGAGCAGAAAGUUCCUCUGCAGGAGUUUGAGAACCUACAAAACCUGCGGCCCCUGGACGAAUGCCUGAUCGGCCAAACCAAAGAAAACAAGAAGAAAAACCGCUACAAGAACAUCGUCCCCUUCGACACCACCAGAGUCCUCCUAGGAAACGACGGCGGCUACAUCAACGCAAACUUCAUUAAGAUGGCGGUGAAGGACGAGAGCUUCAUGUACAUCGCUUGUCAGGGCCCUCUGCCCACCACGCUGGGGGACUUCUGGCAGAUGGUGUGGGAGCAGAAGUCUAACGUGAUCGCCAUGAUGACACAGGAGGUGGAGGGAGGAAAGGUCAAGUGUCAACGCUAUUGGCCUGAUACUCCGCGCUCGCCGCAGAUGGUGGACGACAGGCUGCAGGUCACACUGGUCAAAGAUCAGCAUUUGGACAACUUCGUCAUCAGACUUAUUGAGCUGAAAGACGUCCAGACGAAUGAGCUUCAGCGAGUGACUCACCUGAACUACACAGGCUGGCCUGAUCACGGCACACCCACUCAACCAGAACAGCUCCUCACAUUCAUCUCCUACAUGAGACACAUCCACCUAUCAGGACCCAUCAUCACUCACUGCAGCGCAGGCAUUGGCCGCUCAGGAACGCUCAUUUGCAUAGACGUGGUCCUUGGACUAAUCAGCAAAGACGCAGAUUUUGACAUAUCAGAUAUUGUGCGCACCAUGAGACUCCAGAGGCAGGGCAUGGUACAAACAGAGGAACAGUACAUAUUCUGCUAUCAGGUGAUUCUGUAUGUGCUGCGCUGCCUCCAGGCGGAAGAGGAGCUGUCAGGAUAACAGCUCAAAACACCGUCAAUACUUUUAUUAUCUCAUCAGAACAAAACUAAACAAACAAAAAAAAGUCUUAAGAUGUUCCAGACGUCAGUGACGUGUACAAUUCUUGCAGAUUUAUUUUUUUUGUGUUUUCUUAUCGCUUACAUUCUUGACCAUUGGCUGCUACUACUUCUAUGAGACCAUUUGUUUUAUAAUUUAUCUUUUUUGUUGUUUUUGGUAUAAAAACAAACAGUUUUUAUAUAUUCCUUAAUGAUUAUGGAUCAAAUAAGAAAAGGAAAUGAAUUCUUUUUAUUUUUUGUGGUACAGAAUGAUUCUUGUAGAUGUAUUUGAUAUGAAAUGAUGCUGGAAAUGUUGCCUUGACAGAAUACGAGACAGUAUUUGCUUUGUAAAUCUUUUAGAAAUCACAGAGCGCCAGGGGUGAUCCAAGAAAUUCAAAGUGUUAUAUUUUAGUGUGAUAUUUAUCUUAUGAAAUCUGUCGAUAUAUGUUUUAAAAGCUGUUACAUACUGGACAAUUUUGCAAUUUGUAAAUAAAAGAAUAUAAAGCCUUUAAAAUAA